CUUCUCUCCCCACUUUAGGCCAUUAUAUAUCAACAACUUUCACAUUAAUUCGAUAGUUUUCCUCUCUAACUUACUCAGGCUCUUGAUUCUAUACGUAUACAUGUUACAGGUGGUGGAUCUGAAGGUACACCUGCACUGCAAAGACUGUGAAAAGGCAGUGCGUAAAGCCUUGUGCAAGAUUACAGGUGUAAAGUGUGUGGAGAUGGAUAUGGUGUUGAACAAGAUAAGGGUGUUGGGGUAUGUGGAUCAAGGAGUUGUUGUAAAAAGCAUUCAGAAAUCAGGAAGGAAAGCGGUGGUUUUAUCAUCUUCAUGUUCAUCAAUUAGAUCAAGCUGGCAAUUGCAAGAGGGGCAGAGUCCAAGGCUGCCUAGUUGUUACCGCUGCAUUAUUCCAAGGUUUCUUUAUGCAACUUCCAAACGCACUACUGCUUGUGAUUCUACGAUAUCAAAGAUUGCCAAGAUUUAGAUGAAAGCUGCACUAUGUGCAUUGCGUUUAACUUUGAAAUAUUAUUGCUUCACAUAAUAAUCCCUUGCUUUCAAUAAUUGUAAUUUUGAAUUGUAAUGGUAAAAUCUAUAUGAUGAUAUAAGAGUUGUGGUCAGGAUAUGAAUGGUAUCACAUAUUCAAG